CUCAAUUAAGAAUGAAGUUAAGUUAAAGCUUGGUAGUUGAACUGCAUCCUAAACCCUGUUAUAUAAUCCCCUCAUCACCUCUCUCAUUUUUCACCCAAAUAAAAACUUGGCUUCUGCCUAAGCUUUUUCAAUUCACUGCCUUCAUUAAGAAUUCAAAACCCCAUAGCUGCCAAAAAUUCUCAUAUAUAAUUGAAGCAAUGGAGAAAGCCAUUCUACCCUUCACUUUUCUCAUUACCCUUCUACCUCUUUUAUCAAAUGCCCAAAUAUUGCCCUCACCAAACCAGCAGUUCAUUGGGAUAAACUACGGCCGGCAAGGAAGCAACCUCCCUUCAGCAUACGAAACCAUCGAGACGUUGAAGUCCAUGCAAGUGAGCCGAGUCAAGAUCUACGACUCCGACCAUGAGUUCCUCAAGCUCUUGUCGGGCACGUCCAUCCGCGUCACGAUCAUGGUUCCCGACGACGACAUCCCCGGCAUCGCGUCCAACCAGUCGGCCGCCAACCGUUGGGUGCACAACAACGUCCUCGCCUUCCUUCCGGGGACGAUGAUACGGGGCGUCCUCGUCGGGAACGAGAUCCUGAGCGACAGCCGCGCCCAGAGCCUGUCGUACCAAGUCGUCCCCGCCAUGAGGAACAUCAAGAAGUCGUUGAACAACCACAACAUUCACAACAUCAAGGUCGGGACUCCCGUCGCGAUGGACGUUGUGGAGACGUCGUUCCCGCCGUCCUCGGGCCGGUUCAGGGGCGACAUCCCGAGGGAGGAGAUUCUCCUCCCUCUGUUGAAUUUCCUGAACCGGACCAGGUCGUACUUCUUCCUCGACGUCUACCCUUACUUCUCAUGGUCCGAGAAUCCGCACAACAUCAGUCUCGACUUCGCUCUCUUGAGGGAAGGAAACCAGACUGCCGCCGUGGACCCCGCGACCGGUCUGGCCUACGCGAACCUGCUGGAUCCAAUGCUAGAUUCAGUGGCGUUCGCCAUGCAGGAAUUGGGGUUUAACGACAUAAGGAUCGCGAUCUCCGAGACGGGAUGGCCGAUGUCGGGCGACCUCGACCAACCCGGGGCAAAUCUCUACAACGCCGCGGCGUACAACCGGAACCUCGUGCGCAAGAUCAUGGCCAAUCCACCCGCGGGAACACCGGCUCGUCCCGGCGUACCCAUCCCGACCUUCAUAUUCUCGCUAUACAACGAGGAUCUGAAGACGGGGCCCGGGACGGAGCGGCAUUGGGGAAUCCUAGCCGCAGACGGGAAGCCGGUGUACGAGCUGAACCUGAACGGAACCGUGCCGGAAAGCGAGUACCCGCCGCUCCCGGAGCCGGCGAACAACGUGCCGUACCAAGGGAAUGUGUGGUGCGUGGUUGCAAGCGGCGUCCGGAUAUUCGACCUGGGACCGGCUGUGGACUUUGCAUGCGCUGCCGGGAACGGAACGUGCGACGCAUUGGCUCCCGGCGGCGACUGCUACGAGCCGGUCUCAGUUGUGUCCCAUGCAAACUAUGCGUUUAGCUCAUUUUGGGCGAGGUUUAGGAGCCAUGGAGCUAAUUGCCACUUCAACGGCCUUGCAACCAUGACCACAGUCGAUCCAAGCCAUGGAGCAUGCAAAGUCCCAAGUGUGUGCGUUUAGAGAAGGAUGGGAGGCUAAGCCCGAGCUGAUGAUGGAUCGGUCAUUUACUUUGCCGGAAUAAUCAUUUUCUGCACUU